AUGGGUUCCGAGCUCUUGGCCCACAAGCAGUGCAAGGGCGGCACGCUGCGCGAAGUCCUGCUCCGCUUCCAAGCAGACGGGCACGGGGGCCCAGCGUCUGGAGGAGAGGAGUGCUCCCUGGAAUCGGCCCACCAUUUCUACUCGUCCGCCGUCGAGGAGACCUGGAGUCGCAUGGUGACGAAGCAAACGCUGCAGGCCAUGGCUUAUUGCCACGGUAUGCGAAUCAUCCACAAGGACCUCAAGGACGAGAACGUGAUGCUCCUGAAAGGGUCGGAGACCUCCGAGCCCUUCGUGGUCAUUAUCGACCUGGGAGUCGCCUGCAGAGAUUUCUUGGUUUUCUGCGUCUUCGUGGUGAGUUUGUGCUGA